UGGGGGCGGGUCUCGGGGCGGGGCGUUCCCGACACGCCCCGCGGCGCGCCGCUACCCGCGGAUUUGAAUCGCGCAACUACUUUGUAGCUGCCGCGGCGACGGAAUGGGAACCCCGUCGUUGCCCCAGGCGUGGCAGUUCUAUCUCAAGGACCACCGUGUCUCUACGUUCAAGAACUGGCCCUUUCUGGAGGGCUGCGCCUGCACUCCGGAACGGAUGGCCGAGGCCGGUUUCAUCCACUGCCCUACUGAGAAUGAGCCCGAUUUGGCGCAGUGUUUCUUCUGUUUCAAGGAGUUGGAAGGCUGGGAGCCAGAUGACAACCCCAUAGAGGAACAUAAAAAGCAUUCAUCUGGCUGUGCAUUCCUGUCUGUCAAGAAGCAGUUUGAAGAGUUAACUCUCAGUGAAUUUUUGAAACUGGACAAAGAAAGAGCCAAGAACAAAAUUGCAAAGGAAACCAACAGCAAGCAGAAAGAAUUUGAAGAAACUGCAUCGAAAGUCCGCUGUGCCAUGGAGCAGCUGCCUGCCUUGGAGUGAAUCCUUGCUGUGCUCACUGGUACUGGAGUGAUGCAUCGGGGCCAAGGCACGUUCCCCAGGAAAGGAGAGCAUCAAAGUUUUGAAACUGAGUAUUUAAGCUAAUUUUCAUUUUCUCUUGGAAGUAGUGCCAGCAGCUCUUUUACCUGAGCGGCAGGUGCUGCUGAUCAUCACGGUGGCUGCGUCUUUUUCUUUGGUAGCUUUUGCUCUGUUAAACCCUGGACUUAUUGGCAGGUGAGGAGUGGGUAAGGAGGAGGGCAGUGUCCCUGUGACCGGGCCUGGGGAGGAGGGCUAACUGCCCAUCAAGGCUUCUGGUCUCCAUGUCUCCAGCGCUCUGUAAACCCACUCAGCUGCCAGCAGCUCACCUGCCUUUCUGACAUGAGCUUCCUGACAGAGGGCAAUGGAAUAAAUUAAUUUAAAAAAUAGACUAGAA